AGAGGUGAAGAGGAGACUAUAUGGAAGUGGCCUAUUCCAUUAUUUUAUGGGUUUCCGUAUGAUAUUUGUCAGGGACAAGUGCUGCCAUAAAGGCAGCAUAGUAGCAGCAGAAGAUGCAACAGAGGGGUUGCAGUCAUUAUACAGUGCACACCAGAUCUCUAUCACGAACAGAAACGACCUGUAUAUUUUUAUCUCUUUCUGAAGCUUAUUUCAUACCCAGAAAUUCCAGGGUUUCUCUUUCUUCAAUAUCUUGACCGGAAAAGAAGACCCGAUCAAUGGAAACGAUGACUACAGCAAGGAACGACAAUUCUCGAUUUCCGUUCACAUCAAGUCAAUGGCAAGAGCUAGAACACCAAGCGCUUGUUUACAAAUACAUGAUUUCCGGCAUGCCCAUUCCUCCUGAUCUCCUCUUCUCCAUCCAAAGAAGCUUGGAUUCUUCCACGAGACUUCUCCUGCACCACCACUCUCCCCAUCAUUCAAUUGGAGUUGGAUGGAACUGUUUCCAGAUGGGAUUUGGGAGGAAAAUCGAUCCAGAACCAGGGAGAUGCAGAAGAACAGAUGGAAAAAAAUGGAGAUGCUCUAAAGAAGCUUAUCCCGAUUCAAAAUACUGUGAAAGGCACAUGCAUAGAGGCAGAAAUCGUUCAAGAAAGCCUGUGGAAGUAAACUCAGCACCCAACACACCACCAGCAUUAUCAAUCUCUACGAAAGCCAUGAUGAAUUACCCUGUUUCACCUUUCCUUUAUCCCCAAUUACACAUAUCAUCAUCCAGACCUCCUGUUAAUAGUAAUGUUGUGUCAUCUCAUCAAGAUCGGUUUUGGUUGGAAUCUAGCAGCGGGUACUCAUCACGUUCAGAAAAAGAUAACAGCUAUGGGAUGAAAGAAGAGAUGGAUGAACAUCCAUUUCUCUCAGAAAGAUGUGGAAGUGGCACGAUGAGUGCUUCAAUGGGUGGUGAUUCUUGGAACUUGGAACCACUGGCUAUGAACAACAAUACAUCAUCAUCAUCAUCUUCUUCUUCUUCAUUAAUGGUCCACACAAAACAAAGGGCUUAUUAUGAUUAUGAUCAGUUGACUUUAAAAAUUGAUCAAAGAAAAGAUGAACAACCCAAGAAAGUUAUGCAUCAUUUCUUUGAUGAAUCUCCACAGAAUGACAAUGUUGAUGGUCAUAACAAAGAUUCUUCCACAACUCAACUUUCCAUCUCAAUCCCGAAUGGAGCUCGAGACUUCUUCCAGACCCAUAAUGAUAAAUGAGGUUUUCAUUUGAAAAAGGACAAGGAAUUUCACAGGGGUGUUGGUGGAUUACUAAGUGUUGACCUUUUUUUUUUUUGGUUGUGUAAUUGUGGAAGGAAUGCUGCUACUUAUUAGACUUAUGUAGUUUCUUUAAAAAAUGACAUGUUUCGUGAGGUUUUCGACUGGGCUAUAAAACGUUACAACAAUUAGGGCGUGUUUAUUUCACAGAUUUUGAAGGAAUUUGGAGGAUUUGAAAUGUAAAUUUAAG